AGGGUGAACCGUAAUGCAGUUUAUGACAUCACGAGUCCCUUCGGAUCCAUCACAUGUUGACUGUACAACUUCUUUAGCAAACCUUUUGUACUUCAGAACGGGCUCUUCGUCUUCGUCAUCGGAACUGGAAUAAGAACCCUGGCUCCCUUCGGAACUUUCAGUUUCCUCUGACGAUAUCCUCUCCUCUGCCAUAGUCGUCGCCUUCCAGUCUCUUUGAGAGGGGCUGGCCUCGCGAGACUAGUCGCUUGGCCACCAGCAGCAAGAACAACGUCGCCAGAGCAUGCAGCGCAGGAAAGAGACGCUUUGCAGAACACAAUAAUGUAGGCGGGGCUUGAACGACCCACCUGGUUCAUAUGCGCAUGAGUAUAACGUUACACGUGGAGAGACGUUUGGAGGCUACCGGGAGUAGGACUCAUCGUUGCAACAGAGUAAAGAGAUGUUCUGGCUGAAUUAUGCACGUAGCACGCUUUCUCCGAGCCGGGCCCUUACUUGCGGGCAUGGAGCGACCCACGCCGUUCUUGGAGCCUCCUCUCCAGUAACUACCGUGCAUGUUUUUGGAGUAAACCAAGCUCAUCGUAGUUUAUGUGUGAUGACUUCUAAAUGCUCAGGUGCCAGUCCACUCACACUGUUUUAUAAGAAUGUACUCCGUAGUGCAUUUCCUCCUGUACGUUGUGCUUUUGCAUAUGGGUCGGCAGUGUUUCACCAGCACAGACGACCUGAGGGGAAAAUGCUGGACCUUGUCUUUGUGGUGGACGAUGCUGAAGUGUGGCACAGAAGCAAUCUUGCCGUAAAUUCUGAUCAUUAUUCAUUUGUGCAGUAUCUUGGUUCAGAUACUAUUGCAAAUAUUCAAAGAGCUGGUGCCGGUGUUUACUACAACACACUAGUGCAGAUAAACGAGCAGGUGUUGAAAUAUGGUGUGAUAGGGAUCAAAGAUUUCAUAGAUGAUUUAAUUAGAUGGAAAUGGUUGUAUAUUAGUGGAAGACUUCAUAAACCUGUUUUGUUCCUGACAGAUGUGGAAAGGGAACCCACCCUCACCGAGGCAUUGAAAUCAAACAUUGUAUCAGCUGCUUGUUGUGCUACUUUGUUGAUGGAAGACAAUGUCCAUUUUACACCCGUGGAAUUUUUUAAUCAAGUUGCUGGCCUCUCAUACAAAGGAGAUUUUCGGAUGUUUGUUGGAGAGGAUAAGGAGAAAGUUAUCAAUAUAGUCAGAGGAAGCCUAUUAGAAUUUCAAGAUUUGUAUUCCUCAGUUCUUCCUGAAUUUGUGGACUUUCUGCCGGACAAUCUGAUGAUGAAGAAGAAGAAUGUAACACUGGAAUCAUUUGAAAGCUACAUACCUGAAGCAAUUAAACAGACCAUCAUGCAAGGAAAGUCAUUGCGAUCGGCAUUAUCUACCAUUGUCCAGAAAAGCAGCGUACAGCAAAGUUUAAAAGGUGUUGUAACAGCAGGAUUUCAUGUUUCACUUUCAGUUUCAAUCAGAUCCAACUUUGUGACACAUCAGGACUAAUCCGUAUCGUCACAAAGAGCAUUUAUCAAAGAAAUAGCUUAAAUCACAUAAUCUCUACUUGAUUUAUACAAAAAGUCAGUUUUCAAUUUCCUUCUCCUUCUCGUUGUUGUUGUUGUUGUUCAGUUUAGACAGGCGUAUCUAAAAAACAACUUAAGAUAAUUAUGCACAUGAAACUUUGCACAACGAUUGGAAUCCGUGACCCGGCGUGCAGAGAGCAUUUUACAAUUAAUUACAUGUAAACGACCAAAAA